AUGAUUAAACCAAAGAAGAGUAUACCGGUAUCAGUCCACCGGAAAUUAGCUACGGGGGGCACAACUGUCCUGAAGAAACUCCUUGAGAAGAACGACGAAGCGCUCAAGACCGAAAUUGCGAGCCGGGCCAAGACUUUUUACAAUGGAGAAGAUGCGAAGCUUCUUCAAGUGAAGACGGUUGCAAGCCUGGCUCGAGGAAAAAACACGUUUCUGCUUGCCGGCACCGGAUUUGGAAAAUCUAGGAUUCCGGAAAUGUAUCACAUGAUCCUGCCGCCCAAAUCCAAGUCGGUUAUACUAGUACUAAACCCACUCGAUGCCUUAGGCGAUAACCAGGUCGAAGAGAAGAAGGGGAAGUUUACUGCAAUCAAUCUUACCAAGAUGACGUUUACCCCAGUGGUGGCAAAAGAGAUUAUGGAAGGAGUGUACAACUUUGUGUACCUCAGCCCGGAGAUUUUUCUUAACAGUAAACUAUGGGACUCGGUCUAUUUCAGCUCUGAAUUUCAAAAGCGACUUGGCCUCGUUGUUGUCGAUGAGGCCCAUAUGAUUUACAUAUGGGGCCUUGUUGAGAGCUCUAACGGUACGAAGAAAUAUUCAAUACUGGUCAGACAUCAAGACAUCGGUAUCUUUCGGCCGUCUUACGGGGACCUUGCACGGCAUCUACAGUGUCGAAAUAAUGUUCCUAUCCUACUUUUAUCUGCGACUUGCCGGCCUAUAGCUGUAGAUUCAAUUUUAAAGAGUCUGAAGUUGACUAUGAAUCUGAUUACCAUGAUCCAUGGAGAGUUGACGCGGUCAGAAAUUCGUAUCAUCCGUAUCAACAUGACGAGCUCCUUGAAAUCAAACUUGGACUUGUUGAAUGUUUUCCCCUCGGCAGAACAGACAGCAAGUGAUCAUCUGGUCCCAACACUUAUCUAUAGCGGGACACGAGCACGUACCCUCACCGUCUUGGAGGUACUGGACAUUGCUCGCGGGACUCCUCGGGGCUGCCGUAAUGCAAAGAAUAUGUUAGCCAGGCGGUUUCAUUCAACCACAGGAGAUAAAGACAAAUCAGAUUGUAUUCAAGAUUUUUCAGAAGGACGCUUCCCUAUCAUAUCGGCUACAAUGGCGUUGGGAUUAGGUCAAAAUUGGAAGCGGGUCAGGAGCGUCAUUCACAUGGGGAGGGGGGAUCCAGCAAACAUCUGUCAGAUGAUAGGAAGGUGUGGGAGGGAUGGAAAAGGCGGUUUGGCCAUCCUGUUUGUCGAGUCGAAUCGCAAAGGAGGAAAGAACUGCAUUGACGAUUUUCACAAUGUUGGUGAUCAGCAAUCCGACCAGGAUCGUAUGGACGCUCUGGCCGUGACGCCUGUGUGUCUUCGAGUGGCCUUGUAUGACAUGGACAACAAACAUGGGUACAUCCCGCUUUCCAAAGAAGAUCCAAAUUAUAUCAAAGAAGUUCAACGACAGGAGGAUAAAGGUCUUCCAAAGUGCCGAUGCUCAAACUGCAUGGUUGAGAAAGGUGUCACUCUCUCAAAGAAUUUAAGAAAUCUCAACCGCGACAACUUCGAUGAUGCCCUCAUGGAUGCUGUGCAGUUUCCAGAAAGUGUAAAUGUACCUAAACCAAAAAAUUCUCGGUCUGCUGUAAAGGAAUCUUUGAUCGACAAUGCGGAGCUUGCUGCCACUUUCAAAGCUCAUCUCAUGGGGACAUUCACUGAUUUCUAUGAGCAACGCAUGUCUACUUCUGCCCGAUUUGUGGCAGCUGAAUUAUUCCAGGACCAUCACGCUCUAGCUGUAGUGCACAACUUACCUAAUAUUUUAAACACAGAUGACUUGAAUGAUAUAAUUGGUGGAGAAACGGUCUCGGGACAAUUGGAGCUAUUGUGGAAUGUGAUUACAAACUUUAGGUCUGAUCCGUUGUAUCAUGAACACAUGGAAAACCAAAAGAAAUCAAGACUAGAGGCUGAAGAACUGAAGAAACAGAAAAAAAGAGAAUACGGCGUUCGAUAUCGAGCAAACAAACGAGCACGACUUGCUGCUGAAAACCAACAACAAGGACAUGAGAUCCAGCAGCUUCUGGCAGGCGGUUCACAUGGAGAUAUUCAAAACAUACCGAGUGCUGUCCAAUUGGGUGCUACUGUAGAAUUACACCAGAUGAAUGCCGAGAUGGAAACAAACGAAGCCGAUGAGAUAAGGAAAAGAAAGAAGCGAGAAUACGCAGCGCGAUACCGAGCAAACAAAAGGGCUCGUCUUCUGGCAGAGAAGGAAGCAGCCCGAUUCAAUGAAACAGCCGAAGAUCAAUCCACAAAAUGA